AUGGAAGAAACCAUGGCUCCAAAAAGAGAGGUUUCCUCAUCAAGAAAGUCAGAUCAGAAAAGGCCACAUGAGUCCAGUCUGAGACAAGAUCCUCCCAGAUUGCGGCCUCCACCUGAUACUCGUGACAAGGGUAAGUACCGUGAUUUCCACAGAGAUCAUGGACAUACAACAGAAAAUCGUUUCGCCUUGAAGCGAGAGAUUGAAGCUCUUAUAAAAGGGGGAUUUUUGGGCUCUUACGUUAGCAAUGACAAGCGCCCAAGGAAUAAUCAGGACAAAGACAAGGGCCCAGAGGGUCGGAAAAACAAGCAACCAACUGCAGAGGACAUCAUUUUUGGAAUAGGGGACUUGGAAGGUAUAGCAUUCCCUCAUGACGAUGCUUUGGUCAUAUCGACCAUCAUCACCAACUUUGAAGUUAAGAUAAUUUCGGUAGACAACGAAAGUGCAGCUAAUGUACUGUCUCAUGAAGCCUUUGUUCAAAUAGAGAUCUCAUCGGAACAGUUCAAGCUAGUCAAAACACCUCUCCAAGGGUUUGGAGGUGGGGUCAAAACCUUAGAAGGUAUCGUCGGGUUGUCUUUAACAUUGGGGGCAGAAGGCAAAUAG